CCAUCCCGUCAUCCUCACAGGAAGUUGCUAGAACGACGGAAAUGGCGGCUUUGUUGACAGGCUCGCGAGGAGCUCCUCAGCUCUCUUACGGUAGCAAUAUGUUCCCCGAAUGGCUUCGGGAGGAAGUCAGCACUGGGACUACAAUCAUGGCAGUUGAAUUUGAUGGGGGUGUUGUAAUUGGUGCAGACUCUCGGACCACCACUGGGGCCUAUAUAGCUAACAGGGUGACAGACAAGCUUACCAAGAUUCAUGAUUAUAUCUACUGCUGCCGUUCUGGUUCAGCUGCUGAUACACAGGCAAUAGCAGAUGCUGUCGCAUAUCAACUAGGGUUUCACAGCAUUGAGCUUGAUGAGCCACCACUUGUCCAGACUGCUGCCAAUCUCUUCAAGGAUAUGUGUUACAAGUACCGGGAGGAGUUGAUGGCUGGGAUCAUAGUUGCUGGAUGGGACAAAAGACUUGGUGGGCAGGUAUACACAGUACCUAUGGGAGGAAUGAUGGUCAGACAGCCCUUCUCAGUUGGAGGAUCAGGAAGUUCCUACAUAUAUGGAUACGUGGAUGCAUCAUAUCGCAGUGGGAUGUCAAAAGAUGAGUGUCUGGACUUCGCUGCCAAUGCUCUUUCCUUGGCUAUGGAACGUGAUGGCUCCAGUGGUGGUGUAAUUAGGUUAGCUGCCAUUAAUGAAGAUGGUGUAGAAAGAAGAGUUAUCUUAGGUAAUAACCUGCCCAAGUUCCCCAGGUCUUGAGAAGUCCUCUUUAGCAUAGAAGAAUUGGCUCAGUCACAUAACCUUUCUACAACUUAAGCUAACACUUGUGCUACAUUUGAAUGUUUUAAUCAAUUGUAUACAAGUAAAAAUAAAGUAGUUAAA